GUGGCAUAGCAAUGAUUAUGGGCGUGGCAUCUAGCCUCAAUCUUCAUCAUGCCUCUCAAGCAAAGAUCUGGAAAAGUUAAAGAAACUAACAAAUCAGUACCUGCUGAGCCUUCUGACAAGCCUGGAGAAGAGUCCAAGGAACAGAAGCAGCCUAACCCACCCACUGAGAGGCAACAAAAGAGGGGAGGAAGAUGCUCAUCCCUGCUGAAGAAGUUUGGGUACUUUUCUCUCAUCAUCAUUGUCCCUACUGUACUCAACUAUGCUGCUCUCAACCAGGAAGCUAAGGCACUAGUACCCGAAGAUGGAGUACUGUAUGAUAUUGGAUGGGGCCAGAAACUACUCUUACGCUGUACUGGAGAGGGUCUGCCCACAGUUGUGUUGGAGGCGCCCAUUGGACAGAGCUCGGAUGUAUGGAGUCUAGUGCAGCCUCUGCUGGCUAAGAGGACAAGAGUGUGCUUGUAUGACCGGGCUGGUCUUGGUUUCAGCGACAGAGGACACAGGAAUAUAUCAGAGUAUGCUAACGACAUGAGUGAGGCAGCCCUGGACAGAGGCAGGACUGAGGUGUCCACUGUUGAAAGGAUGGCGGACGAUCUUCACCGCCUGCUCUCCUACUCUACUAACCAGCCCAAGCCACUGCUACUGGUGGGUGUGGACUUCUCCACCUUCAUAUCACGCUUCUACACACAGCUCUAUGAACAUGAAGUUGCUGGACUCUUCCUUAUCGACCCUGCAAUAGAGAACCUCUUGGACUUUGAUCCCUCGUCUGAGACCACACCCACUAGCACUGAGCAGCCCGAGUCGUUAGGAUGGCCUGAGUUCUGGAACAGCAAAUUAGUACCCUCAAUUCACGGGAAGUGGCUCUCCUCGGCAAUAGGAUUCACUAGAAUAGCCGUGAUGGUUGGGCUCUCAUCUGCGCUUGAAGAACCAAGCCUGAAAGAGAUAUUGCCAAAUGAUGUGAUUCUGAGAAAAAAACACUUUCUGUGUCAGCCGAAACACCAAUCUUCAGCAUACGAAGAGAUGAGACAAAUGAACCGAUCCAUGAACCAAGUCAAGACUGUACUACAAGUGAAACCAUUUCCCAGGGACCUCCCUAUUGUAAUAGCAACCUUCAAAGACGGAGACUCUUCUAGCAAACUGAAAAAGACCUGGACAGCUGGUCAGAACAUGCUCUCCCAGACACUCCUGCCCAGCAGUAAACACAUCCUCCUGCCAGGAGAGGACUACCUCUCGCUCUACCAGCACUCACAACAAGUCGCCAUUGCCAUCCUCUCGGCAGUAGAAAACUGGAGAAAGAAAUCAGAACUGCCUGCUUAGAACUAAUGUUGAUCAGUGCACGGAGAUAAUCAUGGUUUUAGUAGGGUCAUUUUGAUUUACACAUGUACCGUUUACAUAUUCAAUUUCACUACUUCUUUUGAUAAUAAUUAUGUAUUAUAAUUA